AUGGCGUCGCUCGAUGAUUACUUCUCAGUGCAGGUGUUUUUCAUCGUGCUUAGAGAAACUUUGGAGCUGGCAAUCAUCAUCUCUGUCCUACUAGCAUUUGUCAACCAGAGCAUUCUGAACAAUGAACCAUCUGGGCAGUACAAGAGCAUUGACAACCAAUCUGAUGCUUCUCCAGUAUCGAGUGGUGAAGAAUCACAAGAGGACUUUCAGAAGUCCCAAAUCCAUAUGUUGAAAGUGCAUAUUUGGGUAGGUGGACUCUGUGGAUUUUUGGCGUGUUUGGUGGUUGGUGCUGUCAUACUUACGGUGUUCUAUGUGGUUGGAAGUGACUUGUGGGCCACCACUGAACACUACUGGGAAGGUUCUUUCUCAAUUCUUGCCAGUAUUAUCAUUUCUGUCAUGGGAAUCAAGAUGCUUCGUGUGAAUAGAAUGCAACAGAAGUGGAAACAUAAGCUUGGCUCAAUUAUCAAGGAUUAUAAUUAUUUAGACGUCGCCAAUGACAAAUCGACGUGGUCUGAAAAGAAUGCCAUGUUCAUUCUUCCUUUCAUCACCACCCUACGUGAGGGUUUGGAGGCCAUUGUGUUUGUUGGCGGCAUAGGGAUCAACGAGAACACCUCGGUGGCUUCUAUUGUCAAUUCGGUGAUAUUGGCAGUGGCAAUCGGGUCCAUAAUUGGUGUUGCCUUGUAUAGGUCAGGAAACACUUUAUCCGUUCAGAUGUUCAUGAUCAUUUCCUCGUGUUUUCUCUAUCUCGUUGCUGCGGGACUUUUCUCCAAAGGAGUAUGGAACUUUGAGCUUCAACGUUUCAUUGAUCGCUGCGACGGAAUGGAUGUGAGCGAAACAGGACACGGACCUGGCUCUUACGACAUUAGUAUAAGCGUUUGGCACGUGAACUGCUGUAAUGGAGAAAUGCAAGAAGACGGUGUGUGGUGGAUGUUAUUCACAGCCGUGUUUGGAUGGACCAACAGUGCCACCUACGGCAGUGUUAUCAGCUAUAAUGUUUACUGGAUUGUGGUGAUAUCAAUGUUUGGAGCUUUGUAUUAUGAGGAGAAGAAGGGUGUGUUGCCAUUGAUUCCAGUACUGUGGCAGCAAAAACGCAUCAAAAAAAGGGCAUUCCUUGCGGUUCCAACGGAUUCAAGACCCAGCACGGACUCGGUCAAUUCUUCAACGCCGCUUAGGAUAUAA